CAGUUCUAAUUUGACAUUUGCAAACGAAAUUAAUUUCCGCUGCUGUCGCGAGCAAAUUUAACAAUUUAUAGGUAAAUAAAGAUAUUUGAUGUUAAAAUAACUAUUUCCAUACAUUGUAGAAAAGUGCAAGAAUUCUUUACAUACAUUCUAUAUCUUUUGCACUGCUUGGACGCAGGGUGGAAUUAAAAAAUGUCUGGUAUUCAGGAGAAUAAGGAGCAGCUAUCAAAGACAAAAUCAAAGUCUGAAGGAAGCAUUGCCGGCCAAAAGAAAAAACGUGCGGGACCGCGUCAGCGCAAACGUAAUAAAAUCAAUAAAUCUCUGGCAUUAGGAUCCGAGGCUACGUUCGAGUUGCCACAAAGUGACGGCAUUGAGGCAGUCGAGCCUGACGUAAUAGGGCCAAGUAAUUUUUCUACUAGUAAAUAUAAUAACACUAAGGUGGCAGUUGAACAAAGUUCCUCCGAUUGUAUUUUAAAAGAGAAAUCAGAAACCAAACACACGCAAGUAAAUAUUACAGGAUUUAAAAAGCAAUUAGUAGAAGAAACAACUAUGUCCUCCAACCCCACUUCAGUAAAUUCCGCACCCGGAAAAACGCGCGAAGAAAUAAUCGCAGAACGCGAGGCGAAAAAGCUGGCUAAACAGACAAAAAAAGCAAAACCAUUAAGUACUGGUCCACAGGCAACAACUCUAAUCGCGCCAGUUGCAAGCAAGUCAAUUGCACUUGCUGUUGGUGGCCAGAAAACCCCACCUGACAACAGCCUUUCGAAUAUCGCUGUCACUAAUACGCCCGCUGCUGGUAUUGACAAAACUCGUGAGCAAAUCAAAGCUGAACGUGAGGCGAAGAAAAAAGCAAAACAGGUCCUAAAGGAGGCUAAAGCCACAGGCGUGCCAGAAAUUACAGCACAAUUAGAAGCCACUAAGAUUACCACAAAAUUAGAUUCAACAACUGCACAGGAAGACAAGAAAAAGCCAACUUUAAGCAAAGCCGAAAGGCGCGCUUUGCAAGAGGCUCAACGUGCGGCCAAAGCACAAAAAAAUGUCACUGCACAAAAAAAGCCUGGUACUUCCAACAAUGCUAAGGACAUCCCCAAGGCGUCACCAUCCAACACCCCAGUAAAAGCGGCGUCUACUAUUCCUGCUAGUACUUCGCCAACAAAAAACAGUAGUCCCUUGACAAAGUCUUUACGCUUAAACGAUUGCAAAGUGCGUCUUUUCAAUCAUUUGGAGAAGGCACGACAAGAUGUGAGCUUAUUUUUGAACAAUCCACACAUACACCCUAGUAUCGCCCGCCUGGGAGAACAGUAUGCCAAACGCACAAUUGUGGGUUCAAAUGCGAGAUGCAUUGCUUUUCUUAAUGCAUUGAAAAUGGUUAUUAGAGAUUUCGAGACACCUCCAAAAAAAGAAUUUACACGCGGCUUGGAGACAACAAUAACAAAUAGUGUAGAACACUUGCAGAAAUGCCGUCCGCUUGCAGUAUCCGUAAGCAACGCAUAUAAGCAUAUUAAGCAUGUGCUGACACAGUUGCCAACUGAUCAGCCGGAAACAGAUUUAAAAGAGAAUUUGUGCCGCUUUAUCGACACCUAUAUUGAAAACCAGAUCGGAAAAGCGGCCGAGGCCAUCAGCUACUCUGUACAAGAGAAAAUCUCAAAUGGGGAUGUUAUACUGACAUUUGGCUGCUCAUCCUUGAUAACGUAUAUCUUUGAGGAAGCACAACGCAGGCGUGUCGACUUUCGUGUAAUCGUAGUAGACUCACGUCCCUUCUGUGAGGGUCAAGAGCUGUUGCGCCGUUUAACUGUCAAAGAAAUACCAUGCACUUAUGUACUCAUCAACGCUAUAAGUUUUGUUAUGCCCGAAGCGACAAAGGUACUACUAGGGGCACAUGCAUUACUUGCCAAUGGUUAUGUUAUGGCACGUACCGGUACAGCACAAGUUGCACUUGUGGCACACUCGUUCAAUGUGCCUGUGUUGGUUUGUUGCGAAACGCACAAAUUUAGUGAACGCUCACAAACCGAUGCAAUCGUCUAUAAUGAAUUGGGCAAUCCGGAUGAUUUAAUUCGCAGCGAAAAGUGUAGUUUGGCAAAUUGGCAGUCGAAAGGGAAAAUGUCGCCAUUGAAUUUGAUGUAUGAUAUUACACCUUCCGAGCUAGUAACAGCGGUUGUGACUGAAGUUUCCAUACUGCCCUGCACUAGUGUGCCGGUGAUAUUGCGUAUAAAACCAACUGAAAUUGGCUAUUAGCAGCAGGAAUUCAGGAUGUGCUG